AUGAAUCUUAUCAAGUUCAAGAGUGCCAAUCUAAUUAUUGGGCAGUUUUUUCCUGACGAAGAAAACUCUACAAGUUAUUCAUUACAAAAGGGCAUUAAUGAACCUAUCAAAAUCGCAUGGUUUAAGCGGCCGAAAUGGUUGCCGUUAACUUUCAAUUUCAGUGAGUGCGGAUUUUCAAACUGUAUAUUAUCAGAUAAAACUAAAUCAUUAGAUAAUUAUGAAGCAAUAAUCUUUCAUUAUCGAUAUUUAAGUAAAAAGGUUCCAGAAAAGUCGAAAAAUCAAAUAUGGAUAAUCUGGAUAAAUGAAAGUCCUGCAAAUGACAAAUCUUUACCAAAACAAUGGCAGGAUAAAUUUGAUUGGAGUGCUACUUACAGAAAAGAAAGCGAGUUUUCCCUUCGACGUUCAAUAAAAUUGAGAGAAAAUAAGAUAAAUAGAAAUUAUACCGAUAUACUCCGAAGAAAAACAAAACAAGUCUCUUGGGUUGUUAGCAACUGUAAGACACCAUCUCAGCGUCGAAGAUAUGUGGAAGAGUUAAAGAAAUACAUUACCGUUGAUAUUUAUGGACAUUGUGGGGAAAACAAGAUGUUUUGCAAAAAUAAAAGUGCUGCAGAAUGUCAUUCAUAUUUGUCAAAUGAAUAUAAAUUUUACCUUGGUUUUGAGAACAGUUUAUGCCAAGAUUACAUUACAGAAAAAGUUUUUAACAAUUUUCUCGACAACAAUACAAUGAUUUAUGUUGCAAGAGGAGCUCCAAAUUUAAAGAGUGUCAUUCCUGCAAAUACGAUGGUCAACACAGAGGACUUUGAGUCUCCAAAGACUUUGGCACAGUAUCUUUUGAAACUAAGCUCAAAUGAGACAGAAUACAUUUCUUAUCUAAAAGAAACGGACAAAUAUUAUCUUACAGAAAAUCGAAUAGCGCGAGCUUUCUGUUCUAUCUGUGAGCUACUAAAUACAUACAAGAAUAGAAAAUUAAAGUGGACAGGGCGAAAUUUCAAUGUUUGGUACAGAAAAGGAGCAUGUAUUAGGCCAAAUAAUGGAAAAGGAUCGAAUGGUCAUAGAAGAUAAUUAUUGCGUAGUACGUCAUAGAAAUUUAUGACUAUAAGAAAGACUGGAAUAGUUAUUCUCUCUGAAACGUCAUUUGUUUCAAUAAUAAUUUUCGUACGACGAGCAGAAAAAAAACAUGAGACUUUUUUUGUAGUUUUAGAUUGGUCAAAGUAACAAUUCUCAAAGAAAAGUCAAAUUAACAAGUAAAGAUCAGACGAAUCGUUUACCAAACAAUGUGCCUUGAAGAUAUGAAUAACCUUCAAGGAUUACGGUUAAAAAGUCAUUCAGUCUUUCCCAUACUUAUGUGGGUUAUGUUCAUUAGAUAGAGAUAGACUUCAAAUUAUUUGAUGUCAGUCAAA